GUUCUGGAGGCGGGCCGUGGCGGCGGCAACAUGGCGGACGUGUUGAGUGUCGGGGUGAACCUGGAGGCCUUUUCGCAGGCUAUCAGUGCCAUCCAGGCGCUGCGCUCCAGCGUGAGCAGGGUAUUCGACUGCCUGAAGGAUGGCAUGCGCAACAAGGAGACGCUGGAGGGCCGCGAGAAGGCUUUCAUCGCGCACUUCCAGGACAACUUGCAUUCGGUCAACCGGGACCUCAACGAGUUAGAACGUCUGAGCAACUUGGUAGGCAAGCCAUCUGAGAAUCACCCUCUUCACAACAGUGGGCUGUUAAGUCUGGAUCCUGUGCAAGACAAAACUCCUCUCUACAGCCAACUCCUGCAAGCAUACAAAUGGUCCAACAAGCUGCAGUACCAUGCAGGCCUUGCAUCUGGCCUUUUGAAUCAACAGUCCUUGAAGCGGUCUGCAAAUCAGAUGGGCGUGUCUGCUAAGCGUCGGCCGAAGGCUCAGCCCACCACUCUGGUUCUCCCACCUCAAUACGUUGAUGAUGUGAUCAGCCGCAUUGACAGGAUGUUUCCAGAAAUGUCCAUCCACCUAUCCAGACCCAAUGGGACAUCAGCAAUGCUUCUGGUGACCUUGGGAAAGGUGUUGAAAGUGAUCGUGGUCAUGAGGAGCCUGUUCAUUGAUCGUACAAUAGUAAAGGGGUAUAAUGAAAACGUCUACACAGAAGAUGGCAAGAAAAGAAAGUUGGACAGAGAGUCACCACAGCUACAGCCACACAGAGCCGGCACACAAGCCUGUGUCGCCAGCCUUGUCCUGUGACUGUCCCAAGGAACAGCCUAGAAGCGCUGUCGCACGGGAGAGGCUACAGCACCAGCCUGCCUGUGAGCUGGGAGUGCUCAGCUGGACAGUGGAGAAUCAGAGCUAAGAAGCAGCAGCAUUAGAGUCGUGAGUCGUCAGACUGAGGGGCACACGCACGCAUAGGUUCCCUUGAUGAAAGAGUCGCAUGGGUCCUCUGCACAUCAGAAAGAAUGGGAGCGUUUUGAGGAUCUGGGUUUGCAGCUGGCAGACAUCAGAAGUGUGCUUCGCAGGAAGCCUCAUGAUCCCAUUUACCAGUGUGUCCACAGGCCCGUGCAGCAGGCAGGGACCUCAAAACCAGACAGAGAAAACCCAAGAGGGCCAGGCCCCAAGGUCCUGAGGGCGGUUCACCCACAGCUGGGGGGAGCUCUCAGCUGGCCUGCCCCUGAGACCUACUGUCACCAUUUGAUUAGCCCUGUUUUUGUUGAGUACUUACCAAAAGAGGAAAAGAAGACAGCGUGGACACUGCAAGUGUUCAGUUCUGAGUCCUGAGCCUCGUGUGUACGUACUUCUGUGUGUGUACAUACACACAUGCACUAAUGCUGUCUGUGUGUCACAGUGUCUGUAUAUCCUAACAAGACAGAACAUUCGGAAGGCACCAUUGGAGCGUGGGGUGUGGUCUGCGAGGACCCACUGUCCCUUGCAGUUUCACUGUUGUCCGACACAGGCUAGCAUUUGCUGAGCUGGUGCCUGGAGGGAGCUGGGGCUGGGUUUUGCUGCAGUCUCCUGGAACUCAGCCUGAGGUGCAUUCAAAACCUGCCUGCUGCAGCCCUGACUUCUGCCUGUGCGGUUGUCCACAAGCGCUAGUGUCUGCACACGGUCUGUGAUGCUGGAGUGGUGGCCAGGCAUGCAUACACAACCAGUUUCCAGACUUAGCCGGUUUUUUCCCAUCAGCAUCCAUCCCACCCAUGUCACCUUGUACUUGCAGUGACGGCCAACUACCCUGAUGCCCCAUCUCUUCACCUGUGAGGCAUAUUUUUGAUACCAAGCACUAGUAACCUCAUUUCUCUAAUAAAGAAUAAAACUGC